GUGAACGGGUUCCCUGAGUUCCUACGGUGUCAGGGCAGUGCUGAGACCCCACCCAGGCACCCCUGGGGCCGAGACCUUUGCCCCCCAGUCCCUGCUCCUGAAGGUCUGGUCCCGGAGCCAGAGCGCGGGCGGCACUGGGAGCCUCGGCUGCGGACCCCCGGCCCCACCCAGACCCAGCGAAUCAGAAUCUGUGCCCUAAGCCGAUAAGAGCUCAGUCUGCGGCCCGAGGGCCCCGCGCUCUGCAGCAGGCCUGCCCGAUGGCCGACGUGUUCGUGUACGGGACCCUGAAGCGAGGCCAGCCCAACCACAAGGUCCUGCUGGACGCCACCAACGGCUGCGCCACCUUCCGGGGCCGGGGCCGCACGGCGGAGCCGUUCCCCCUGGUGAUCGCCGGGGAGCAUAACAUUCCGCGGCUGCUGAACCUGCCGGGGCGCGGCCGCCGCGUGUUCGGGGAGAUCUACGCUGUGGACGAGCAGAUGCUGCGCUUCCUCGAUGAGUUCGAAGGCUGCCCCGACCUGUACCAGCGCGUGCGGGUGAGCGUCGCGGUGCUCGAGCCGGAGGGCGCCCCCGAGGAACCCCCCGCCGCCGAAAGGCGCCUGCAGUGCUUCGUGUACAUCACGGCCACCUACCCGCCCGAGUGGGCCCAGCUCCCGCACCUCGACAGUUACGACUCGCAGGGGGCGCACGGGCUCCCCUACAAUCCACGGGAAAACAGAUAAAAGCCCAAGGCAGGCUCCCCAGCCAGGGGACACACAGAGCCCCGAGAAUAAGAUCCCCUCGGCGUGGUCUGCACGCACUGAAUGCAGAAGCCUAAUGAUGUCCUUGGAAACAAAUAUCUGUAAAACUCCAUCUGCGGGAAAAGAAAAGACUCUCUUUCUUUUACUAGUCAGCCAAUUUCCUAGAUAAUGUUGACAUACCAAUAACCAGAUUGUGCCCUUACAUCUAUCCAUCCCAGACUGCUUAUUGCUUGCUGCUUAAAGAGCAUCAGGUUUUUGAAUGUCCUGGGUAAGACAAAUUUAGGAUUUUAAUCCCCCUAAAUGGCAUUUCAGGAACUCGUAUGUUAUCACACGUUUCUUGCUUCUCUGUCUGCUUUGCUUUAAUCUGAAGAUGACAUUUAAAAUGAAUGUGAAGACUUUGUGUCGCAGCUAGAUUUCAGCAGCCCUACUCUAUUGAUUCUGACCUGCAUCGCACCAAGAAAAAAAAAA